GUUCGCCGAGCCAUGUCGUUGAGCCCCAAGCACACGACGCCCUUCUCCGUGUCCGACAUCCUGAGCCCCAUCGAGGAGACCUACAAGAAGUUCGGCGGCGCCAUGGACGGCGCGCCGCCCGGCCUGGGGGCGCCCCUGGGGGCCGCGGCCGCCGCCGCCUACCGUGCGCCGCCGCUCGGCCCCUCCUCGCAGGCGGCGGCGGUGGCGGGCAUGCAGCCGCCCCACGCCAUGGCGGGCCACAACGCGGCGGCGGCGGCGGCGGCCGCAGCGGCGGCGGCGGCCGCAGCCGCCACCUACCACAUGCCGCCGGGCGUCUCGCAGUUCUCGCACGGCGCCAUGGGCGGCUACUGCAACGGCGGCCUGGGCAACGUGGGCGAGCUGCCCGCCUACACGGACGGCAUGCGGGGCGGUGCGGCCGCCGCGGCCACCGGCUGGUACGGCGCCAACCCGGAUCCGCGCUACUCGUCAAUCUCCAGGUUCAUGGGGCCAUCGGCGGGCGUGAACGUAGCCGGGAUGGGGUCGCUGACGGGCAUCGCGGACGCCGCCAAGACGCUGGCGCCGCUGCAUGCGGCUGCGGCGGCGCCGCGAAGGAAGCGCCGCGUGCUCUUCUCGCAGGCGCAGGUCUACGAGCUGGAGCGUCGCUUCAAGCAGCAGAAGUACCUAUCGGCUCCCGAGCGCGAGCACCUGGCCAGCAUGAUCCACCUGACGCCCACGCAGGUCAAGAUCUGGUUCCAGAAUCACCGCUACAAGAUGAAGCGGCAGGCCAAGGACAAGGCGGCGCAGCAGCUACAGCAGGAGGGUGCCCUGGGACCGCCACCACCCCCGCCGCCGUCCCCGCGUCGCGUGGCGGUGCCCGUGCUAGUCAAGGACGGCAAGCCGUGCCAGAACGGUGCCAGCACCCCGACACCCGGCCAGGCCGGCCCGCAGCCGCCGGCCCCGACGCCGGCGCCUGAGCUCGAGGAGCUGUCACCCAGCCCGCCCGCGCUGCACGGGCCGGGGGGCGGUCUGGCGGCCCUGGACGCGACCGCGGGGGACUACGGCGGCGGCGUGCUCGGCGCCAACCUGCUCUAUGGCAGGACGUGGUGA